AAAGCAUGUAGAUCCAGUUCAUGUUCUGAACUCCAAAAUACAAAAACACAACAAAUUAUGUGACUGAAAUCACCGGUAAGGUGGUUGAAACCUCCGCCCUCUUUCGAUGUUUCCAAGAACCUCAACUCCUCGCUUCUAACUCCAUAACUACAACUCAAACCCACUUCUUUUUCAUUCCAAUCUCCCAUCUUUCUCAUUGCUUUCUCUCAAUCAAUACACCCGAAAAUGGCCCAGCUUCUCAAAACCACAUUCCUCCCUUCAACAUCUUCUCUCCACCCUCCUCAUUCCAACUCUGCUCUCCACAUUUCCUGUUCCCGCGCCCGUGUCAAUGCCAAGAUCCGAGAAAUUUUCAUGCCCGCACUCAGUUCCACCAUGACUGAAGGAAAAAUUGUUUCCUGGGUUAAGUCCGAAGGCGACAAGCUUUCUAAAGGUGAAAGCGUGGUCGUUGUCGAAUCAGAUAAAGCUGACAUGGAUGUUGAAACUUUCUACGAUGGUUAUUUGGCUGCCAUCAUGGUCGAAGAAGGCGGCGUUGCUGCUGUUGGCUCUGCUAUUGCUUAUUUAGCUGAGUCCGAGGAAGAAAUUGCCGAAGCUAAAUCAAAAGCCUCCUCGUCCAGUUCGAGUUCUGUAUCAUCGCCAUCGCCAGCUCCUGCUGCUUCAGAAAGUAAGACAAUCCCGGAGCCUGUUGCCCCUGUAAUUGCUGCUAGCUCCGCUUCUGUCACGGGAUCGGCGGUGCACCCGGCUUCUGAAGGAGGGAAGAGAGUGGUGGCGUCCCCGUAUGCGAAGAAGUUAGCUAAAGAAUUGAAGGUGGAGUUGGGUAGAAUUGUGGGGAGUGGCCCAAUGGGUAGAAUUGUGGCUAAAGAUGUUGAGGCUGCUGCUGCUACUGCUAGUGCUGAGGUGGCAUCUUCUGCUGCUGCUAAGGUGGGAGCCGCUGUAACUCCGCCGUCCAGGGUUGAAUUGGGGACGGUGGUGCCUUUCACUACAAUGCAGGGUGCGGUUAGUAGGAAUAUGUUGGAGAGUUUGAGUGUUCCUACUUUUAGAGUUGGUUAUACUAUUACUACUGAUGCACUGGAUGCUCUUUACAAGAAGAUUAAGUCCAAGGGAGUGACAAUGACAGCCUUGCUUGCAAAGGCUACUGCACUUGCUUUGGUUCAGCAUCCUGUAGUAAAUUCUAGCUGUAGAGACGGCAACAGCUUUACAUACAAUAGUAGCAUCAACAUUGCAGUUGCUGUGGCCAUAGAUGGUGGGCUGAUUACGCCGGUGCUUCAAGAUGCUGAUAAGGUUGAUAUUUACUCAUUGUCUAGAAAGUGGAAGGAGUUAGUCGAUAAGGCUCGGGCUAAGCAGCUGCAACCUCAUGAAUAUAAUAGUGGUACAUUCACACUUUCCAACCUUGGAAUGUUUGGCGUGGAUCGGUUUGAUGCCAUUCUACCACCUGGAACUGGAGCAAUUAUGGCGGUUGGUGCAUCUCAACCAACCAUGGUGGGUACCAAGGAUGGCCGCAUUGGCAUAAAGAACCAGAUGCAGGUAAACGUUACAGCUGAUCAUCGUGUAAUCUACGGUGCUGAUCUCGCUUCUUUCUUGCAAACCCUUGCAAAGAUCAUCGAAGACCCCAAAGAUCUUACUUUCUAAACUACAUUCAUUUCAUUAGAUGAAGCUUCUUUUUUUCAUAUGUUGCACACUUCUUUAACCUAGUUGUAUGUUUGCAAAGCUUGUUUUCAUAGUCCUUGAUAUUAAUGAGGGAGACUCGUGCAAAAGAAUGUAGGAGCUUAAUUGCUCUGUUCAAUGUUCCGGAGAGAAUCUUAGUAGAAUUUUAGUUUUUUUUUGUGUGUUUCGAACAUUACAUUACUAUUUUUGUACUUUAGCAAUGCCAUAAAUACUGGUUUUCUCGUUGCUGUC